AUGGAUUUAACGAAUCCAAUGAACGCAUUGAACGGCGCGAAGAAGAACAGCAUCUGUCGGUACUUCGCUUCGGAUGGCAUUUGUUUCUAUGGCAGUGAUUGUCAGUUCUGGCACAACAACAACACUCACCACCAGAACAGUCACCACAACAACAACCACAACAACAAUCACUCCCAACACUCCCACAGACCGCUCAACACAUCCAUGAGUGGGUCAGUCGGUGGCCAAACCAGUGGCGCCCCAACCGAUGGACAGCAUCUGCCGCAAGAGUCGCGUCUCUCGACUUACAUGAAUGGUACCAAUAAUUACGGCUACGGAACCGACUCUUCACUGCCAGCCAUGGAUUCGCAAAACCCUCGCACCGGUCGUAAAGCCAUCACAUCGUCUAAUACUCAUCCGUCGAGCGGUUCGGCAAUCGGUGGACAACAGCAACAAACGGCACAAUCGUUGCCACCAAUGGCUUCAUUGGCUCCCAAUUACUUCAUGACUGACGCCAUUAGACAAGAGUUGAUCCGAAAGCUGAAUGUCUCGCAAGAGAUGCCUUCAAACGAGAUGUACUUAGAGUUGCCGCAAGUGGUGGACGUCUACCAGGAUUUGGUGCCUCUGGAGCCGUCUCUAGUGAGCCCUUCGACGACAUUCAAUGACAUGACGUGUAGUGUCAUGAGAGCCACGAACAGCAAAACGGGUCAACACUAUUGCUUAAGACGUCUUCACUCUUUUCAGCCCAACUCAUCCAACGCUAAGCAAAUGAUCGCAUCGAUCGAGUCGUGGAAGAAGCUCUUCCACUCGAAUGUCGUUCAAUUACGACAAGUGUUUACCACUAAAGCGUUUGGCGAUAACUCUUUGAUCUUUGUCUACGACUACCACUCGAUGGCCAACACUCUGAUGAGUCAUUAUUUCUCCAACUCUUCCAACACAUCCAGUUCUUCAAACUCAAUGAACGGCUAUUCGACGUCUUCGCGGCCAUACAGUCAACAGCAAAGUCAGCGCAAACUACUACCGGAGCCCUUGAUUUGGAACUUCAUUAUUCAGAUAUCGUCCGCAUUGCGAGCCAUUCAUUCUUCAGGUCUUUCUUGUCGAGCAUUAGAUCCAACGAAAAUCAUAAUCACUUCCGGCAGUUGCAGUACAAGUGCUAACAAUUCUCAGGAAUAUCCGCGCCUUCGACUCAGCGGUUGUGGAGUAUUCGAUGUCUUGACUAACGAUUCAUUUCUCACCACAAAUAACCCCAAAGUGUUGGCCCAACACUUCCAACAGGAAGACCUGCUGGCCUUCGGAAAGCUAUGUCUCGUGUUGUCCACAAACAACAUCUCGUCGGCCGCACAACGAGACAGUUGGCAGACGUCGCUAGAGUUGAUCUCCCGGUCAUAUUCUCCAGACUUGCGUUCAUUAAUCUAUUACUUACUCUCGUAUAACAGUAACUCCGGGACAACGCAUACCAUCAAUGAUAUCAUGCCUAUGAUUGGCGCCAGAUUUUACACACAACUCGACUCUCUAUACCAAAGGGAUGACUCCCUCCUCGAAGACCUGUCCAAAGAAUUAGAUAACGGAAGAGUACUCCGCCUUCUCAUCAAACUCGGGACAAUCAAUGAGAGGCCGGAACUGCAGUUAGACCCGAACUGGUCGGAGACGGGCGACCGGUAUUUGCUUAAACUGUUUAGAGAUUACUUAUUUCAUCAGUUCACAGAUGAUGGCCGUCCGUGGCUUGAUUUGGGACACAUUGUCUCCAAUCUCAACAAACUGGACGUCGGAUCUCCUGAGAAGAUAUGUCUCGUCUCAAGAGAUGAACAAAACAUUCUCAUCGUCUCAUUCGCUGAACUCAAGCGCUGUUUCGAGUCAUCACUCAAUGAAUUAAUGAUUUAA